UCAAACACCUACUCGGCCACCCUCUUCCACGGCUUCCCCUCCAAAUAACUGCUAUCAACGGCCUUCCAUCAUUAAUCAUGGGAGUGAAUCCAUGGGGAUCGAUCGUAAUUACAUUCCUCUCCUUUUCAUACUUGUCUAAACUAAUUCUUCUUCUCCCCCAAUUCCACUUCCUGCUAGAAUUAUCACAGCCUAUAUAGCAAAAUAUUGAUCCAAUUCCAAUGUUCUUUCACCACCAUUUUCUUCACUUAGAACUCUCCAAGAUUUACCAAUCACUGUCAAGAACCAAACAACUGCAUGCUUUUAUCAUAAAGACCCACCUCCUUGACCCAUUUUAUGCAACCAGAAUAGUAAGAUUUUAUGCCAUCAAUAACGACAUUUGCGCUGCGCGCAACCUGUUCGACAAAACGCCCCACCGGAGUGUGUUUCUUUGGAAUUCAAUAAUUCGAGCUUAUGCGCAAGUCCACAACUUUGGUGAAGCAUUAUCUCUCUUUAACACGAUGCUUAAAACUGAAACUAAACCUGAUAGUUUUUCUUAUGCUUGUAUUAUACGAGCGUGCUCUGAGGAUUUAAAUUUAGAUGCACUGAGAAUUGUUCAUGGAGGAGUAAUACUCUCUGGGUUGGGAUUGGAUCCCAUUUGUAGUAGUGCAUUGGUGACGGCUUAUUCCAAACUGGGUCUGGUUGAUGAAGCCAGUAGGGUAUUUCAUGGGAUAGUUGAACCGGAUUUGGUGAUGUGGAAUUCAAUGAUUUCUGGUUAUGGAUGUUGUGGAUUUUGGGAUAAAGGGCUAGAGCUGUUCAGUAGAAUGAGAAGUGAGGGGAGGCGGCCAGACGGGUAUACAGUAGUCGGGUUGCUCUCAGGUUUAGCAUAUUCCAGCUUGCUGAGUGUUGGCCAAGGAAUACAUGGAUUUACUCUGAAAACUGCCUUUGAUUCUAAUGCUCAUGUAGGCAGUGUACUUGUGAGCAUGUACUCGAGAUGUAAGUGCAUGAAUUCGGCAUAUAGAGUUUUCUGUAAUUUGCUCCAACCUGAUUUAGUUACAUGGUCUGCUUUAAUAACUGGAUAUUCGCAAUCUGGAGAUUAUGAGAGGGCUCUGUCUUUCUUCAAGAAACUGAACAUGAAAAGUAAGAAGGCAGAUCCCAUUUUAAUUGCCAGUGUACUGGCAGCUGCUACUCAAUUAGUAAAUGUAGGGCCUGGUAGUGAGAUACACGGUUAUGUACUUAGACAUGGAUUUGAAUCGGAUCUAAUGGUAUCCUCUUCCCUCAUAGACAUGUAUUCCAAGUGUGGUUUUGUGGGCUUGGGAAUUCGUGUCUUUGAGAUUACGCCAAAAAGGAAUAUAGUUUCUUACAAUUCAGUAAUUUCAGGCCUUGGUUUGCAUGGACUUGCCUCUCAGGCAUUCAAAGUGUUUGAAGAGAUACUGGAGAAAGGGCUAGUACCUGAUGAAUCGACUUUCUCUGCACUCCUUUGUGCUUGCUGCCACGCUGGCCUUGUGCGAGAUGGCCAGGAAAUUUUCAGAAAAAUGAUAGAUGAAUUUCAAAUUCAAGCUAGAACUGAGCAUUAUGUUUACAUGGUAAAACUCUUCGGGAUGGCUGGUAAGUUGGAAGAGGCUUACAAUCUUAUCCAGUCUUUGCCAGAACCAGUGGAUUGUGGCAUCUGGGGAGCCCUUUUAUCAUGCUGUGAUGCAUGUGGAAAUUCCAACCUGGCAGAAAUUGUAGCUCAGCGGCUUUUUGAAGAUAAUCCUGAGAAAAAUGCUUACAUAAUCAUGCUUUCUAACAUAUAUGCAGCUGAUGGAAGGUGGGAUGGCGUGCAGAAGCUGAGGAAUGAUAUGACAAGAGGAGAACUGAGGAAAAUUCCUGGGGUUAGCUGGAUUGCAGGCAGUAGUAUUUAACUGUUGAAUAAAUAUCUACAUGCUUGAUCAUAUCUUCUUCAUAUCAUCUUGUGCCGACAUUUUUGGAUAAACAAGAUGAGAAGCUCUGGGAGCACAGGGAGCAAGUCUCGUUAAGUCCCAAGAAAACAGAAACGAGAACCAUUCAGAGAAAAAAGACACAUAGAGAGCCAAAGACAUGAAAAUGGUGGGAACAUGGCUCUCUUCAUCUUGGGCGGCUUUGCUGGGUCUUAUCACUGGUCACGAAGCUCAGUGUUUGUUUCUCGUUGCCUCUUUUCAAGAAAACGGGAAGAGCACUAUAUUUCCAAGUUUCAUUUCUCUUGGCCCCAGGUAUCACGUCUGGCUGAGUGCCUUAUUACAGGUAGCAGAGUUGUAUUUGCAAGUUACAGAGAUUCUGUCGGCCAGGCAAGCUUCUUAACGUGGCUGACAUAUAUUUGGAGAAUUCCAAGUUGCAACAAACCACAGGUGAAGAGCAUAACUGAUGCUUAAGUAUGGUCGGUACAGGAAUGGUGAAGAAUUGAGCUCCGAGAAUCCUGUUGGAAUUUAUGGUCCUCAGUUGCCUCUCCCUUGAACUAUGAAGGCAAUACACAUAUCCUGAGGUAACAAUACAUGCUAGUGACUCAGAAGCCAGUUCUUCAACUUUGCCUCCCAGCUUGACUGCAUUCCUUUCCGGCUGUUGCAACAAAGCUGCAGAAGGUACCCUGUUUGUUUAAGUAUGAAAAUAUAGAACAUGCAUGGUUCACCAUUUAAAACCCUAUUUUGUCUCAUUGAGAGUAUGUAGGAAUGCUGCAGAAGCACCAAAGUUAACUGAGCAAGUUGAUCUCAAGUCCCAAAUGGUGAUACUUUCUGAACACCAAUGGAUUUGCUCAGCAUCACACUGUCAUUUACUAACUUUUCUGGAAACUCUUUUUAACUGUACAUUUCGUAUCAAGUGCAAUUGAAGCACAGUAGUCACAUUUCAUUAUCUGACUUUUACACUUAGAAUACCAUAGUUUUUUUUUUUUUUUUAGGAAAAAAAAUGCUUUUUUCAAUUUAACUUCUGCAUUUCUGUUUGAAGUUCCAACUUUUACUAUAAAUACCUACAAACAGUUUCACUUUGGAGCCAUUUCCUUGUUUUGGUUCUUUUAAUCUUUGUACUCGAGUUGCUCUCACAUA